AUGGGAAAACGUUUAUGUAAUUUAUGUAAAGAACAUAUUGAUACUUUUAGCUAUAUCCAACAUUGUUUAGUCUGCGCUAUAAAAUAUGCAGAUAAAUAUAAUAUAGAUAUCAAAAAUUUAAUUAACAAAACAUUUCAAGAACUAGAAAUUGAAUAUGUUGUUAAAAAGUCGGAAAGUUCACCAAACAAACAACCAAAAUUAAAUCCACCACCACCAACACCAAAUAGAACAACUACAACUACAACUACUGCAAUCACUCAACCAAACCGUGACCAACUAAAUUGGAGAACAGUAUUAAACAAUCAUGUUAAUGGGAAUUUUUGCAUUGGUUCAAAUUGCACCAAAACAGUUGUAUCUUCAAAUAAAAAUAAUUUUGCGUUAGUAAUUAAAAAUGAUGAAAAAAGAGUCCCAAUUUUCUUUUGUAAACCUUAUAAACACUUUAGAGAUAUGGACCAAGUUUCAAGACUUCAACUUAUUAUUCGAGAAGCAUUCAUUAAAUGUGAUCUUCAUAGUCUUAAAAACAUUGAAUUCUUUUCAAACAACAGAUGUUUCCAUGGAAUUGAAAGUCCUGGUCAAUGCUAUUCUUAUGUUGGUAAGCAGUUUUAUUUAUUUUCAAAAUUUCAUAAAGUUCGUUUUUAUUAUUGUACACCGGAAUGUGCAUUGUGCCAUCUUGUAAAAAUCUCCAAAAAAAAAUGGAGAAGAAUUACUCAAGAAUGCUAUUAUGACGAAGUUAUUGAUCAACUUGUUUAUUAUGAUGAAGAAGAGAACAAUGAAGCAAAAAUUUUAAAUUUUUUUAAAUAA